AUGCCUUCGCUGGUUCACGUUAGGAUAGCUGCGAUCCUUUUGGUCGUCACCACGUUCCUUGUGAAGGUGGUUGAUGGCAGGGCCAAGGAUCGAUUUCCAGAAGGGAUGAAUAUAUACUGCAAGACGAAAUCAUGUUAUGAUGUUUUGGAGCUGGAGCAAGACUGUACGAGUGCAGACAUAAAGAAGGCAUAUCGCAGGCAAGGAGCAGGAUUAGAAAUGCUUUCGCUGCAAUUUCACCCUGAUAAGAGCGAUGAGCCUAAUGCUCAGGAAAGAUUCAUUGAAAUCGGCAGUGCGUAUGAGGUCCUGAAGAACGAGGAUGUGAGAAAAGCUUAUGAUGAUUUCCUGGCUCAUCCAGAGCGCCAUUUGUGGGAGCAUUACAGCAACUACUAUCAGGCAUACUACGCUCCCAAGUCGGAUGUUCGUUUAGUUAUUCUGGGGAUUUUGUUGUUGCUUUCGAUCCUCCAAUACAGCAUAGCGUAUUCGAGGCGAAGCAGACUCAUUCAGAUGAUUCUAAGUCAAAGCAAGACUCAGGCCUUUGUGAAGAAUCGAAUGCAAGAAUUGGGGUCGGGAAGUUUGAAUCUGAAGAAACCCAAGGAUCAUGCCAAGUUCAAAGAGAUCGAGAAGAAGGCUGAGAUGGAAGUGUUGGAGCGAACGGCAGUGAAUGGAAUAAAGCUUAGUGAACCAGUCACAUACUUUGAUGUCCUCGUCGUCAGAAUCAUUGUUCUUCCUUUGGAUAUUGUCGUUCAUCGUUUGAUGUUCUCUGUAGCUUCUUAUGAUACAUUGCAGCUUCAUUCUCUAUGGUUCAAUAUCCGCUGGAUUCUCAUGUUCAGAAUUCUGGGCAAAGAGUAUGGAGCUCAAGAACACGAAUACAUCACUCGACAGAUUCUUAGAAUGCGAGAGGAUGUGUGGGUGAGCUUGCCGGAUGAAGAAAGACAGGAGUUCCUUGAGUUGCAACUCUGGAAUCAAGAGAAGCUCGAGGAAUGGCAACAGCAGCAGAUGGAGGCGGACGAGGAGAAGCGCCGUGAGUUCAUGCAGUCAAAUCGAUACAAGAGAGUCAAGCGGUUCAUGAAGAAGCAAUAA